GUGUUGGUGAUUCUUGCGAUCAGCCGCUGCCACCAAUAGCCAUGGCAGAGAGCAAAGCACUCUUUGCAUCCCGUCGCAAAGCCUAUGAGGCCUACUUUGCUGACGGAGGUCAGCCGGCGGAGGACAUCGCGGGUCAGGCGCCUUCGGUGCCGCGCCGAUCAGUGCACCAGGUCGCGUCCUUUCUUGGAGUUGACGAGGGGGUGCAUCGUCGGAACCAACUGAGCUCUUUCACCAUGUACAAGGGCGACUUCCGUUCUGAGUUGUGUUCCGAUGGGGAGGCGAUGCGCAUUGACCCCGAGGGGAAGCCCUAUCUGGUCGAUACCCAAGCGCGGCAUGAUGCGCAACUGGACUUUGCCCUGCUCAUUGCCAUGACAAUCUUCGCAAAGAGUCGAGAAGCUGAGGGAUCCGAAGUUUCUGCAGAGGCACCAGCGGAAUCUGCUGAGCCCAAGGCCAAGCCCAAGGCGAAGCCUAAGGCCCGGUGACGCAGUGGUGGUCUGACUGGUGUUCGAAAAGCGUCCGAAAAGCACGCGGUCUGCGGCGCG